AUGACUGAUUCUGCUUACAGAGUCGACACCAUUUCCAGGCUCGCCCAAUGGCGAAUCCACAACCUUUCUUCCUCCACUUACCGCAAGUCCGAUCCUUUCAAGAUGGGUCUCUGGAAUUGGCAUCUGUCUGUGGAGAAAAGCAAGAUGCUAUUAAAUGUUAAGUUGUAUCCAGAGGUAUCGAACCUUACCAGAGAAAACCCACCGGUUGCUUCCUUUGCUCUUCGUGUUGUCUCCUCUGCUGGCGAGAGGAAAGCUUUAUCUCAUCCAGAAGUAAUAGACAAGAGGAUCAAAACAAACGAAGAUUUUGUUUGGACGGUUGAAGUUCCCUUAACUGGAAAAAUCAUCAUCGACGUCGAGUUUCUUGACUUGAAGGCUCUGUCUCAAGAUAGUGGGGAGAUUUACUCAAUCUGGGAAGACGGUUCAACGGAGAACCAAUCGAAAGUGACGGCGGUAGCAUCACUUGGACGAAUGUUAAAAGAAAGCAUUUACACAGACAUAAUGAUCAAUGCCUCUGGUGGAAGCAUCGGAGCACACCGAGCUGUUCUUGCUGCACGCUCACCUGUUUUCCGCAGCAUGUUCUUACACGACCUGAAGGAGAAAGAGCUGUCAGCAAUUAACAUACCCGACAUGCCCCUUGAUGCUUGCCAAGCUUUUCUCAGCUAUAUCUAUGGCGAUAUCCAGAACCAGGACUUUCUUACACACAGACUGGCACUCCUCCAAGCAGCAGAUAAAUACGAUAUCGCUGAUCUGAAAGACGCGUGUCACCUGAGUCUCUUGGACGAUAUCGACACGAAGAAUGUGCUCGAGAGGCUACAGAAUGCUUAUCUCUAUCAGUUAGCUGAGCUGAAGGCAAGCUGCAUGAUGUAUCUUGUGAAGUUUGGUAAGAUAUUUGAAAUCCGUGAUGAGUUCAGCAUCUUCAUGCAAUGCGCAGACAGAGAUUUGAUCUCCGAAGUUUUCCACGAAGUCCUGAGUACCUGGAAAGGAUUUUAA